CGUCGCGUCGCUUGGUUAUAAACUGCUGCCGAACCAAUUAUAAGCCGUAGAAAACAAAACAAGUGCCCAGUCAUUUACGUUGUGGCCAGUUAAUCGUGAAUGAAAUUAGAAAUUUCUCUUGACAAUGGUAUAGAAGCGCAUUAGUCAGGCAGUAGCUUCGUUAUUUACACAGACACGCGACAAUAUGUUUUUGAUUUUACGAAUUGCCGAGCACAGAUAAGAAGAGCAAGCGGCAAACCCCAAACAUUUUCUGUUUUAUUAGAGAUCGGCGAUUCCGACAGCGCUCUGCAGCGGUGCACUUCAGUGAGGAGCGAGCUCGCCCUAACGACGGUCACAGACACGGUACUUGGGCAAAUAAAAAAGUGGUUACUAAACUCCUUGUGUGAAAAACUGUGACUUUUAGCCAUGGCCGCGGCCCUUGAUUUUGAUGAUAUCCUAACUGAAAUAGGCGAAUUCGGGCGAUAUCAGAGACGCAAUUACCUGCUCAUUUGCCUGCCCGUGCUCUUUGCGGCAGCCAAUAGCUUGUCGUAUGUGUUCACAGCAGGCACCCCGAAGUACCGCUGCUACAUAGCCGAGUGCGAUGCGGAUAUAUCGCCCGAGUACCAGACGGAUUGGCUGGAGCAUGCCAUGCCAGGCACUUGGGACAAGCACCACCAAUUUACGCCCGCGACGUGCGAUCGCUACAUGGCCAAUGAUAGCUCUUACGAUCAGGCUGGACAGUGCAGUUCCUCCCAGUUCCUGCCACAAACAGAACGCUGCAAUCAAUUCGUAUACGACGGCCAGGAGCAGACCAUUGUACAGGACUGGCAACUGACAUGCAAGGAAAACGCCUGGAAGCUUGCACUAGUGGGCACUAUUCACUUUGCCGGCUUGGUUGUGGGCACGGCGCUCUUUGGCUACUUGGCAGAUCGGUUUGGACGCAAACUGGUGUUCCUAUUCUGCAUCAUCUUCAUGGCGGUAACAGGCGUGGCGCAAGGUCUAGCUUGGGACUACCCCAGCUUUCUGGUCUUUGCUCUUCUCAAUGCAGUAGGCACGUCGGGCGUUUAUCCUCUCGCCUUUAUAAUUGGCGUGGAGAUGGUCGGAAUACGUAAGCGAGAGAUGUCAUCCAUUGUGCUCAACUAUUUCUAUGCAAUUGGUGAGGCGCUGCUGGGCCUGGCCGCUUGGCUCCUACACGACUGGCAACUUAUCCAAUAUGCGCUAUCCAUUCCCCCACUUUGCUUCUUCGUUUACUUCUGGCUGGUUCCCGAGUCAGUGCGAUGGCUUCUGGCACGUAAUGAGCACGAAAAGGCAGGUGUAAUAAUUAAAAGGGCAGCGCAUGUAAAUCGCCGUGAAUUGUCGCUGGAACUUCUGGCGAACUUCAAGCAACAACAACUGGAUGCGCAAAACAAUAAACCGCAGCAAAAGUCACAUGAAGAGCGCAAAAUUUGGCUGGCCGUUAAGCAGGUCUUUGCCUCGCGCACUCUCGUCAUACGCUACAUCAUCAUGUUAUACAUCUGGGCAGUCAAUGCCAUUGUCUACUAUGGACUGUCGCUGAACUCUACCAGUCUAAGCGGCAAUAAGUACUUAAACUUCGCGCUGGUCUGCCUCAUUGAAAUACCGGGUUAUAGUCUGGCCUGGCUGUGUCUACGAAAACUGGGCCGUCGCCUCUCGCUGUCUGGCUCGCUACUCCUGUGCGCCAUCACCUGCGUCACCAGCGGCUACAUUACCCUAGUGCAAAGUGAUAAAGCCACACGUAACAAUUGGCUGGUGAUUACCCUCUUUCUCAUCGGCAAGCUUGGCAUUACCUCCUCAUUUGCGGUCAUUUACACCUACACCGCGGAAAUGAUGCCUACGGUUAUACGCAGUGGUGGUGUUGGCAUAAUGUCCACUUUUGCAAGAUGCGGUGCUAUGCUGGCGCCUUUUGUACCCCUGCUGGGUGGAUAUUAUGAAUCCUUGCCCUUGCUGCUCUUUGGUGCUUCAUCACUGACAGCCGGGUUGCUAUCCCUCCUGCUACCAGAGACCUUUAACAAAAAACUGCCUGAUACGGUUGCUGACGCUAUUGCUUUGGGUAGCAAGCGAAUCGCGAGAACAAGUUCGAGCUCCAGAUGCUCACAUAGCCCACAGAAAGAAUCGAACAUUUGAAUCUCGUUAUUAUUAAGUUCGAUUCAAUUUUUUGACUAAGUGCCUGGAAUAAAUGCGCUUUUACUCAAAUUUA